AUGGGGGUCCAGUCCCCCGGACUUCCCUGGCUCAUAGCGGCGGGAGAAGGUGGGAACGAGGGCGCCCCGGCCCCGACCCCGGGCCCCGCUCUGCAGAGCAGCGGCUGCUGCAGCAGCGCUCAGGCCGGGGCCCCGCCUGGUGUCGAGCGCCGAGGGGCGGGGAGCAGGCGGCGCGGCCCGGCCCGCGUUGUCAGGGAGCCGGCCGAGGGGCGGGGCUUCCAGCGUCCGGGCGCCCCUGCUCCACGGAGGCUGCCGCGUCCCCGGUGCCCGCCGCAGCCCCUCCGGCCAUUGUUCCGCGGCAGCCGGAUGCCAGGGCACGCUGACCGGCGCCUGGCCCUCGGGGCGUUCUUCUCGGAACAGCGGGCCGCCGCCUCCCCGCAGGCCUCCGGCUCGGAGCGGGCUUGGGGCCGCGAGAACCCUGAUUUAGUUCAAGUACUUAGCUGCCUCACACUCCCAUUUGCCUCAGGAGCAGCCAGAUUGGGUGAAAACUAUCUGAAGAAGUCCUUUUUUCUUGUUCAAUGAGUGAUUUGGAAUGGGCAUGUGACUCUGGACAGUGAGACAUGAAUGAUCCUUUGGGAAGUUUCUUUAUUCUUCCUAAAAGUGCCUUACAAAUGAACACUCUCUUUUUAUGCUGUGGGUGUUUCCAAAUGUGACACCUAUGACUACUGGAGCCAUCUUGCAACUAUCUGAAGAUAAAGCAUCACGGGAUAGAGUAGUGAGAUGCAAAGAAUCUGGUCUUUGAUGAUGGAAUUGAGCCUCUGAACAAACCAAAUUGAAGUCUAAGUACUUCUGGCCUCCCUGUUACACAAGAAAAUAAAUUUCUUUGCUCAGUAAGCCGGUUUAAGUCAGAGAUUUGGCUAUGUGCAAAAAACCACUUUGGUUUUCUGUUGCUGUAUAACACUUGCCUUAAAAUUAGCAGCUUAUAACAGCCUCUGUUUAUUAUCACAGUUUCUCUAGGGCAGAACUCCAGCUUAGCUAGGUCCUCUGCUUAGGGUCUCACAAAGCUGAAGUCAAGGAGUUGUGAGGGUCAUGUUCUCUUCUGGUUGUUUGAUGAGGGAGUAUCUGCUUCCAAGCCUCCUUAGUUGUUGGCAGAAUUCAUUUCCUUGAGAGUGGAGAAUUUAUGGUAGCUUGAUUUUACUCCUGGCACCAGAAUGGGUCUAACCUCCAGACUCUCUUUUACAGGGCUCACCUGAUUAGGUCAGGCCCACCCAGCAUAAUACCACUUUUGAUUAACUCAAAGUUAACUAAUUAGGGACCAGGCAUGUGGCUACAUAUUUAACGUGAGUUCUGUUAUUUAUUCAGUAUAUGUGCUGCUGAAGCGAGCACCUGAGUUCUGUUAUUUAUUCAGCUUGCAGAUAAUAUUUUACCUUUACAUUGAUUUCUAGGCCCCUUGGAAUUAUUCCAUGCACUACAUACUUAGCAUACUUGACUCCUAGGUGGGGACCUCAUGCCAAAUAGCUUGUGCUCUCUCUCUCUCUGACAUGUGAGGGCACAGUGAGAAGGCUGACAUCUGCAAGCUAGGAAGAAAGCCCUCACUAUCAACAGAGCGUGAUCUCAGACUUCCAGCCUCCGAAGCUGUGAGAAAAUAAAUUUGUUUCUCAAACCAUCCAUGGUAUUUUGUCAGCUGACUGAGACAUAUCACUAUGCUAUCAUUGUUUAUGUCAAAUCCAUUUAAAUGUAGGACUACAGAGUACCACAGAGGCUGGAGACACGAAGGAUGCCUGAAGUAGUCUGGAAUGAUUCUAAACUCUUGCAGACUUUCUAAAUAACUGGGAAUAGCAACUGAAUCUGCUUGUGUCUGGGGGCAGUUGUACAACUGAGAGUCCUUUGAGUUAAAUUCCAUGCAGAUUACAAUGUUUAUUAAAGGGCCAGUAAUAAAAAUGUCCAACUUGAAGCUUAAAUAAAUAUUAUUAAAGCUCAAAAGUAACCACAGCAAUUGUUUAAAACUUGGAUUUAUGGGGUAUUUUGUUUGGAGGAGUAUUUGAUCACUGGCAUUGCUCAGAAUUGCUGAUGCCCAGUGAUAAUAAAAUACCGACUGAUUUCUAGCCCACUUAAUUGUUGUUUUUAUAUUCUCUAUGGACAACACAUAGUUUUAUUGCUGUGAACCUGGGGCUGAUCUCUUCAUCAACCUGCCUUCGGUAGCCUACUGACUCCAUAGCCUCUUAGGUUCUUGCUUCAUGGGUUGGAAACCACUGGUCUAGCUUGGGAGACUAGGAAGAUUUGGGGUUGACAUGAUUUACACAUAUUCAUUGGGAAGCACCAG